CCUUCCACCCCAUCCCAACCUUCGCUCCCAGCACACUGGUCCCGGGAGCCCAGACAGCCCGUCUUCUGCACGAAUACCACCACCAAUCGAGGUGACGUGUCGUGCCAGCGAAUAGACUGGCCAGCAGAUCCCAGUCAACCAAAUCCAUCCUUCCUGCAACAGCAAAUCCUCUCCAGGAACUGCUAAAAUCUGUGAACACUACAUGAUGUCGGCCUCUCCCCCAAAGGACCUGGACGCUGAAGUCGGAGAACACGACCAGUCACCUGACGAACAGGAACAACAGGAGCACAUGGAAAGAAACCAGCAAGACGCAUCCCAGCAACAGCCUGUGUUUGAUUUCGAGGUCAAAGAGCAGGACAGAUGGCUACCCAUAGCAAAUGUUGCUCGUAUCAUGAAAACGGCGUUGCCAGAAAAUGCCAAAAUCGCAAAGGAGGCGAAAGAGUGCAUGCAAGAAUGCGUGAGCGAGUUCAUUUCGUUCAUCACAAGCGAAGCAUCGGAAAAAUGCCAACAAGAGAAGAGAAAAACUGUGAAUGGAGAGGAUAUUCUAUUCGCCAUGACUUCGCUCGGCUUCGAGAACUAUGCGGAAGCUCUCAAAAUAUACCUCGCAAAGUAUCGAGAAUCGCAAUCUCAGAGGAACCAGUCAGAGGGGGGGCAGAGGGGGAGCAGCGCAACCACAUCAGCACCAGGCGCACCCGCAGCCGCAUACGGAUCAGCAGCAGCACAUGGUGUCUCCGCAGGCGCAGGCGCAAAUGCAGCAACAGGCGCAUCAUCCGCUGCCGGGGCCGGCGGCCCAUCAUCUUCAUCUGCAGCAUCAGGUGCAUCAACACUUCCAGCAGCAGCAGCAGCAGGGUACGGACCCGAGGGGGGCGCAAAUCAGACGUUGACGCCUCCGCUCGAAGCCGAGGAACUUCAGCAGCAGCAGCAGGGACAUGCGGGAUACGCCAAUGUUUAUGGGCACGUCGCGGGGAACGGCGACAGCAACGGCGGCGGCUAUUAGGCUGUACAUACGAUGACGGAGACGCUGUGUAUCUGAGAGGCCCUCACUGUAUGGGAGAGGAUGAGGUCAGAUGGGAACGGAGGAAUACGAAAAUGGACCUCAGAGGGUGGAAACGACGGAAAUGGGAUUUGAAAUGGAAAUGGAGGUGGAAACAGCAGGAUAAGGGAAAGGGAGGGGCGGGGGGGACGGAAGUUUGGAGGACCGGUAUGUGUACAUUGUCGCCAACAUUUCCUUUAACUUGUUUUGCAAACAUUGGUUCUUUUGUUGCUAUGCCUUGUCUUUUGUCGUUUCCUAAACACUUUGCAUCACCUUUCUUUUGUCUUUCACUUUAUUCAAUCUUAUCUACAUCAUAUAUGGUUCGGUCGCUGGGUGGUGGUGGGUGGGUUUUGGUUUCGGCAGGGGAAAUGGGAGGUGGUGGUGGUGGUGGUGGUGGUGGUGGGGGGGGAGGUGGCGGGAUAGAAGGAGCAAAGUGCCCUCACGGGCGGUGUGCAA